AUUUGAAAUGAUUGGAAAUCUCUCAUGUAAACGGGAGGAUGCACAAAUUGAAGCUUCCAUUUCUGAAGUGGUAUACAUAUGUGUCAUCAAGGAGAUGAUGGCAUACAUUCACCAUAUUUCUGGCAAUUUGUAUGCUCAGAAAAAUAUCAGGGAAGAUGUUCAUGAAAUUGCUCAUGUUGCUGAAUGUUCAUGCCAAUCUGAAUUUGAGAAUUUGAAUAUGGAGUCUGCUAUAUUGCAAGGGUUGGAUGGAAUGAUAUUUGCAGAAGUUUUGAAGGAUGUCAAGGAGAAAUUGUGUCACUCGAAUGAUUUGUGUAUUAACGAAAUGAAGCUCCGAGUAUCACUUGAAUGGGAAGCAAUGGAAAGAGAAAGAUCACUGGAAUCGAAAAUUUCAGAGAAUGAAAAGCUAAAGCAGGAGACAACGCAGUUGGCGUUGUUGGUGGAAGAAAAGGAGAAAUUAGCUCAGGAAACAGCUAGUAAAUUGUCUAUACAGAUGAAACAAUGCGAAAUAAUUUCUCAAGAGCUUGACCUCUUGAAAGCGGAAUCAAGUAGACAGCAAAUCCUAAUUGCAGAGAUGGAUAAAGAGUCAGAACUCAUGAAAGGUAACCUUGCUCAAGGACUUGAGCAAAUUAAAGCAUAUGAAAGGGAGUUGACCAAUCUAAAUGAGAAGUUAAGUUUAGCAGUCGAAGAGUUGAGUAAAGCUAAUGAAGAGAGAGGGUUGUUUCUGGUGACUAAUCAAGAGAAGGAGAAUGCUGUAGUGUUGCUUAGAGUUAAAGAAAGAGAGAACUUGAAACAGCUUGAGUUAAUGACUGGAACUGUCCAUGAAUUGCUGAAGAAAGUAGCUGGCUUGGAACAGAGUAUAUCAGAAGAUAUUCAGAGGAAAAACAUGAGGUUGGGUACCUUGGGGUCCCAACUGAGUUCCCUUGGGCAGAAGGCUAUUGCACUUAGAAGAAUGGGAUCUAUCUAUGAGCAGAGACUUGAAAGAAAAUGUUCAGACCUCCACAAAGCUGAAGCUGAGGUCGAUCUCCUAGGAGACCAGGUGGAUACACUUUUGAAUCUCCUGGAGAAAGUUUAUAUUGGUUUGGAUCACUACUCUCCAAUCUUGCAACAUUAUCCUGGAAUUAUGGAGGUCCUGAAGCUUGUAAGAAGAGAGUUGACGGGGGAAUCUUUAAAAUUAAUUUGACGGAUUGUCUGAUAAAUUGAUGCUUCAAACACGAGCGCAGACUGAUAAAACACUACUGAUCCCAUGCUCGUCUUCUUCUACAGCAUCCGCGUCUUUUGUCACUGUGGCAGUUCUGCAGCACCUCCAGCCAACUACUCGUCGUGCUGCUGUGGACAUGGUUCUUUUCUGUGGAUAGUAUGCCUUCUUUAGACGAUUAUAGGAAAAUUAUGAUGUCACAGGACAAAUGGCUUCUGAAGGAAUAAGGCGAAAUGUAGAUGUCUCGCAUAGACCCAUGUAAAAUUAAGGAAGAAACUAGGAAGAUGCUAGCCGAUUUUGAUGUACAAAGGUGAUGCAUUUUUAUUUUUUUGGGACGUUGGGUAGCGUUCUUUGUCCACGGAGCCAAAUCUCUAGUUCCUUCUUAUUUUUUCCUCUUGUUUUUACCUCUUGCUUAUGCAAAGUCUUCACCCUUUCUUUUC